AAAUAAACGUGUUGGGACAUAGGUGUCAUGGCGCGCUCCAUCUGAAGCCUGUACAGUUUCCAGAAAGUGGCGUGAGGAUUUCUGUCAAUUUGAACCGGUUCAUCUUUCAAGGGGACUUGUGACCAAUUGUAGAUACUCAAGAAUAUGCCUUCUGCAGCCUGUGAUGCACUGCUGGAUGACAUAGAAGACAUUGUGUCCCAGGAGGACUCAAAGCCACAGGAUAGACAUUUUUCAAGAAAGAAUGUUGUUCCAAAGGUGCGAAGGCGAAAAACCCAAGUAUAUUUGCAAGAGGAAAAUAGUCCAUCAAGUGAUAGCACUAUUCCAGGCAUACAGAAAAUCUGGAUACGGACAUGGGGCUGUUCACAUAAUAACUCAGAUGGAGAAUAUAUGGCAGGACAGCUUGCUGCUUAUGGCUAUAAAAUUACAGAAAAUGCAUCAGAUGCAGAUUUGUGGCUCCUGAACAGUUGUACUGUAAAAAACCCAGCUGAAGACCACUUCAGAAACUCGAUCAAGUCGGAGGGAAUGAGCAGAGAGUUGAGGAAAGAUGUAAUUCUCAGAAAAGCCAGAGAGGAGAAUAAGAAGGUAGUGCUAGCUGGCUGUGUUCCCCAGGCCCAGCCUCGCCAGGACUACCUCAAAGGACUGAGCAUCAUUGGGGUUCAACAGAUAGAUCGUGUGGUAGAAGUGGUGGAAGAGACAAUUAAAGGUCACUCUGUGAGACUGCUUGGUCAGAAGAAGGACAAUGGGAAGCGACUGGGGGGUGCACCGUUGGACUUGCCAAAGAUUAGGAAGAACCCUCUGAUAGAGAUCAUUUCCAUCAACACUGGGUGUCUCAAUGCUUGUACCUACUGCAAAACUAAACAUGCCAGAGGAAGCUUGGGCAGUUACCCGAUUGAUGAAUUGGUACAUAGAGCCAAACAGUCCUUUCAAGAGGGUGUUUGUGAGAUAUGGUUGACCAGUGAAGACACCGGGGCCUAUGGCAGGGACAUUGGCACUGAUCUCCCCACACUCCUGUGGAACCUGGUGGAGGUGAUUCCUGAGGGAGCCAUGCUGAGGCUGGGCAUGACAAAUCCGCCUUAUAUUUUAGAACAUCUGGAGGUUCUGAUGUACUUCCCUGACUCCCACAUGGGCUUUCUACUCUCUCCUGCCCUCCACAUGGAAAUGGCAAAAAUCCUUCACCAUCCCCGAGUCUACUCUUUUCUGCACAUUCCAGUGCAGUCCGCCUCAGACAGUGUGCUCAUGGACAUGAAGCGAGAAUACUGUGUGGCCGACUUCAAAAGAGUGGUGGAUUUCCUCAAAGAGAAAGUCCCCGGCAUAACCAUUGCGACAGAUAUUAUCUGUGGCUUUCCUGGAGAAACGGAGCAGGAUUUUCAACAAACAGUGAAACUUGUUGAAGAGUACAAAUUUCCAAGCCUGUUUAUUAACCAGUUUUACCCAAGACCAGGCACUCCUGCGGCAAAAAUGGAGCAAGUUCCAGCCCAUGUGAAAAAGCAAAGGACAAAAGACCUGUCUCGAGUAUUCCAUUCUUAUAAUCCAUAUGAGCACAAGAUUGGUGAAAGACAACAAGUGUUAGUAACGGAAGAAUCUUUUGAUUCCAAGUUUUAUGUUGCACACAAUCGGUUCUACGAGCAGGUUUUAGUGCCAAAGAACCCUCCAUUCAUGGGGAAAAUGGUUGAAGUGGACAUUUAUGAAUCAGGAAAGCAUUUUAUGAAAGGACAGCCAGUUUUGGAUGCCAGAGUCUACACACCAUCCAUUAGCAAGCCACUGGCCAAGGGAGAAGUCUCAGGCUUAACGAAGGAAUUCAGAAAUAGGCUUGGGAAUCACCUGAGUUUGACUUCCAGCAACCAUGCUGCAACCCAGCAAGACCCGGCAUCUUUCAGAGCCUUGCUGCAGGUGCCCUGUCCCGACACCGCAUGGAGGAUGGCUGUGGGCAUGGCUCUUGUGGCUCUUUUUGCUGUUUUUGUCAAGAUCUAUGCUUACAGCACAGCUCAGUGAAGCACCAUGUGGAAAGACUGUCAGUGGAUGGGAAACCACCUUACUUCUCACAGGGCUGUCAUUCUCUGGGCCCUCUUACUGAGCCCUUGUCUCUCCUUGAGUUGAGCCUGGGGUACUUGACCACCAGCCAAAUCACAUGCCAGACUUAUUUUUCAAACAAAACUCAUUUUGGCUUCUUUUGCAACAAAUACAAAGUGGUUCAAUUUUUUUUAAAAAUGAAAAAUUCCAAUCUUUAAGUCCUCUGAGUGUGCAGUGACUUGGCCAUCUUUUCCUUGUGUGGGGGAACUUGCAGUCCUUAACAAACAUUUCUAAGUGUAUUUUCCUCCACAUGCUUGGUUUACAGUCCCAGUACUGUAACACAUCAUUUCUUUUUAAACAGCAGAUAUAUUCCUGAAAAGUUUUUAUUGAACCCUUUUUGGAACUUGAAUUUGAGCCUGCCAUUUAAAUGGCACUCCCUAACAUCUUCUGAAAUGUAAGAAAUUACUACUUCUGCAGUACCCAUAAGCUGAAAAGCUGAAUUUGUGUAAAACAAGCCAUGCCCCUAUUCUGACAUUCGUGAUGUUAUACCACCUUUCUAUUUUGCUCCAAUACUAUCAGUCUUAAAGAAUUACUGUAAUAAACAAGCCCUAUGUUUAUCAAAA